GGUUGAUCAAGUUUGGCGUGGGCCGAAAUUCCAACAGUGAAAACCACGUUUUGAAAAUUAUAAAGUACCGACGGAAGAAUAACAAGGCAAGGCAAAGGGACUGGAGGCGCGACCGAAGCAUCGAUCAAAGGCGUGUGUGGUGGCCGGUCAAAAUGGAGGUGGAGGUUGACGAUAACGAGCUCAAGGCCGCUGGAGCCGAGCUUCUCACUGACGGACGUCGUGGCAUCCGUAUCCAUGGUUGGGAGGUCGAGUCCCGCAAGUGCUCCAUUCUCACCUCUUCCACCUUUGAACAGUGGGGAGAAAAGCUUCAUACAUCCCAUUUGCCAGAAAUGAUAUUUGGGGACAGUUGUUUGGUUCUUAAGCACAUCCAUAGUGGCACUAAAAUUCAUUUUAAUGCAUUUGAUGCACUACUCGGAUGGAAACAGGAAGGGCUGCCGCCUGUGGAAGUUCCGGCCGCUGAAAAAUGGAAAUUCCGCAGCAAACCCUCCCAACAGGUCAUUUUGGAUUAUGAUUAUACUUUUACAACACCAUAUCGUGGAAGUGAAACAAUUGAGAUGGAUGCAACCAAGCAUGGAGAGGUUGCCUCUGAGGGAAUCUACAAUCUCCAGUGGGAGGACUGCAAGGAGAAAAUUGAUGUGGCUGGACUGGCGCCAAAAGAGCCUAUUCUAUUCUAUGAUGAGGUAAUAUUGUAUGAAGAUGAACUGGCAGAUAAUGGAGUGUCACUUCUAACUGUUAAAGUGAGAGUCAUGCCAAGUUCUUGGUUUCUUCUAUUGCGCUAUUGGCUCAGAGUUGAUGGAGUGCUUAUGAGAAUAAGAGACACUCGUAUGCAUUGUGUAUUUGGUGACAAUUCAAAUCCAACUAUUCUUCGAGAAAGCUGCUGGAGAGAGGCUACAUUUCAAUCUUUAUCUGCAAAAGGAUACCCUUCUGAUUCUGCUGCUUACAGCGACCCCAGCAUCAUCAGCCAGAGACUUCCCAUUGUCAUGCACAAGUCUGAAGUGCUUAAAGUCCCUGGUAACCUCUAGAGCUGUAAAAAUUAUAUGCACGGAAGAUUGUUGAAUUUAGCCUUUCAUUAUGGUUCUGGUUGAUGUUAAACUUAUUUAUUUACAAAAAAGGAAAAAAAUGGAAUAAACGACUACAUUUUCUUGUAACUCCAAGUUUCCAUCUGUAGUGUUUUUUCAGAAAUAUUGCUCAAUUAGUUCAGGGUAGGGAAAUAAAUAAAGGAAAAGGCGAGCAUUAACUGAA